CUUGACGCAACGUCUGUGUACCCUACGCCAGGCUUGCAGUUCUUUCGUGAACCCUUCCAACCAAACGCGCUCCUUCAAAGCAUUCUCAACGGAUACCUCCUGAAAUAUGACUAAAGAAGAUCUUCACCCGGAGAAGAAAGAUGUUACACAGGAGUCGGAGCUGGAGACCCCCAGCAUGAAAAAAGAAAAACAGGAAGAUGCAAUCCCCAACUUUCCAAUGACUGUCAGUGUGAAAAUUGAAGAAGAAGAAGGUCCAAGCGACAGCUCAUUUGAACACCUGACAACAAAAGACAUCACAGUGCAAGAUCUUCACCCUGAGAAUCAUGAUCCUCCCCAUGUUAAACAGGAGUCUGCGAUGCCGUAUAUCAAACAGGAGGCGGAGCCAGAGACCCUUUACAUGAUUGAAAAACAACAGCAAGAUGAAAUCACAAAGUUUCCAACUACUGUUUCUGUGAAAAGUGAAGAAGAUGAAGUUCCAAGCGAGGAGAGCAGAGCUGCAAAACCUCUGAGCGACGGCUUAUUUCAACACCUGACAGCAAAAGGUGUGGGACGAUCGCAACCGGGCGGCCUCUUAGCACCGCUCUCGGACAGCGAGGACGUAACGUCACACUCCUCUGACGUAAACUCUGAUGAGGAGGAUGUUGACUUUAACCAAAAUGUUUCAAAAUUCUCAAACAAGUCGUCAUUGAAAAGAGAGACCAAUGAACAUGUGGGUAAGAAACGUUUCGCCUGCUCACUUUGCAAUAAAAGACUUUCUACGAAGCAAGAGGUAACAAGACACACGCGUACACACACUGGUGAAAAGCCUUUUGUCUGCACAUUUUGCAAUAAAAGAUUUCAUAUGAAGCACGAAUUAACAAGACACAUGCACACACACACUGGAGAGAGGCCAUUUGCCUGCUCAGUUUGUGGUAAAAGAUUCUCCCAGAAGGUACAAUUAAAUAGACACAUGAGAACACACACGAGAGAAACGCCUUUCGCCUGCAGACUCUGUGACAUUGGAUUUUUUACAAAGCAAGAGUUAACAAGACACAGGCUUACAUGUAUUGAAGAAAAACCUUUCUCCUGCUCACUCUGUGAUAAAAGAUACUCUGAGAAGAGAAAAUUAAACCAACACGUAAAAUCACACACUGGAGAGAAGCCUUGUGUCUGCACAUGUUGUGGUAAAAGAUUUCGGUGGAAACAAGAGUUAACAAAACACACGCGUACACACACUGGAGAAAAGCCGUUCGUUUGCCCAGUUUGUGGUAAAAGAUUUAACGAGAAGGGAAAUUUAAAAAUACACAUAAGGUCACACACGGGAGAGAAGCCUUUUGACUGCUCGCUUUGCGAUAAGCGAUAUUCUACGAAGCAAGAUUUAACAAGACACACGCGUACACACACUGGAGAAAAGCCUUUUGCCUGUUCAGAUUGUGGUAAAAGAUUCACCUGGAAGAGAUACCUAACAAAUCACACAAAAACCCACACGACAGAGAAACCUUUUACCUGAGCGGUGUGGUGAGCGAUCCACUCGCAAGGGACAUUUCGUAUCGCACAUAAGCCAAACUGGGGAAAUAUCUUUCACUUGCAAUAUGUGCCAAAUGCAGAUAGUCCCCGGGUUACGACAGAACAGACUUAUGCCAUUUCGACUUCACGACGACUGCGUCUCGUUACUUUUUUUUUUUUUUUUUUAAUGUUGACUUUUGUUUUGUGAUGCGAGUGCAUGUACAGACGUCCACCCCACACACGCACACACAGAGCAGAUGAGUGACAAAGGUGACAGCCUGCGCACACAUAUGUGGCUUGUGAAGCAACAAGAGGUGACGGCUGUGUAUAACCCCUUUUGUACUGUUUGUGUGUUUUCAAUUGUGAUCGAAUACUUGGGGCGAGUUUACAGUAUGCGAUUGUUUUUGAUGAUGUGCGGACGCUAACUGAAACAUGCUAAUUGUUUAUUAUUGCUGUAUCAGCAGCUACAUGUAAACGCAAAUUUGAAUUGCUGUUAUUAAAGAUGAGACUGAAAUCAUGAGCAGGUGAAUAAAGGCAGCAAACCACACGGAUGUCUAACAUUGUCAUUUCGGAGCUUAGCUCCAAUAUUACACUUUUUUUUAUUUUAUUUUAAGGGCUGUUUUCUUUUCGAGCAAUAAGUUUUGUAAAUAUUUGCAUUACAUUAAUUCUCCUUUCUCAAC